AAGCAUGGAAACAUCGUAUGAAUACUCCUCCAUCAUCUAAUUCGAAUCUUCCUUCGAAUCAUAGACGGAAUCCUUUGUCCAAAGUCAGCAGUCUCCCUUCCGCUCACAUCGACGAAAUUACCUUCACACUCUCUUUGUCCCUUUCCAUAAAUCAUUCUGGUAGUUGUAUUGUUAUUUGAACAUAUAUUUAUAUAUAUAACACAACUUCAAUUCCUCACAGUCUCACAUCUUUCUUCUUCUCCUAGCUAGCUAGCCAUUCAUUACCAGCCAAGACCAUGGCGUUAAAGGUUCUUUCUGCGCUUGACGCCGCGAGAACCCAAUUUUAUCAUUUCAAGGCCAUAGUCAUCGCCGGCAUGGGUCUCUUCACCGACGCCUACGAUCUCUUCUGCAUCACUCCAAUAUUCAAGCUCCUUGGAGGCCUAUACUAUGACAACAAAGAAGUCCCCAUUCAAGUCACCUCCGCCUUGGUUGCCAUCGCCCUUGUAGGGACAGUGAUCGGUCAACUCGUGUUUGGAACCCUUGGUGAUUACAAAGGGCGGCGCCGUGUUUAUGGACUGUCGCUGAUGAUCAUGGUUCUUAGUUCUCUUGCAUGCGGGUUCUCCAUUUGCACGGCAAAACUUUGUGUCUUGUUGAGUCUGGGGUUCUUCCGGUUCUUGCUCGGGGUGGGUAUAGGCGGAGACUACCCGCUGUCGGCAACAAUCAUGUCGGAGUUUGCCAACAAGAGGACACGAGGAGCGUUCAUAGCAGCAGUAUUUUCGAUGCAGGGGUUUGGGAUUUUGGCGAGCUCGGCUGUGACAAUGGUGAUUUGCUCCAUAUUUCAUGCGACAUCAGAGGAUAAGACGCCGAAGGCUGUCGAUAUCGCGUGGCGGUUGAUUCUGAUGAUGGGCGGCGUCCCGGCUGCAUUGACCUACUAUUGGCGGAUGUUGAUGCCGGAAACUGCUCGGUAUGUCAUUUGUUUUCUUUCAUUUUUUAAUUUUACUAGUACACAGUACCUGUUUCCUUUCUAGGUCAAAUCUCUAAUUUAGUCUCUGAAUUAUUGUGUUUUCUCGAUUUGGUCCUUAAACUAAAAAUUUUUUUGAUUUGAUCCUUAAAUUAUUGUACAGAUCAUUGAUUUAUUCCUACUGUUUACCAAUUUGCCUCAAGUUGGUCUUUUAUAUAAAAACUAACUAAUAUG